UCCAGUUCAGGUGCAACCCAUCCUGUCGGAACAGGUCCCACCUUCCCUGGAACAAGGCCCAAUUGUCCAGCAACAUGAAGCCCUCCCUCCUGCACCCUUAGCCACGUAUUUAGCUGCACAAUCUUCCUAUUUCUGGCCUCUCAAACAAGUUUCCUUGCCAGUACAGAUCAUCGGUGCAAUCCAAAACAACGCUCAGAAUGUGGAAAUGAUGAUUUUGUGAUCGUUAUGAAUUCAAAUAUUUGCGAUGUCAGUCCACAAUAUUAAUUGACGUUGACGAAGAAAACUAAAAUAAAAACUGGAAGAUGGACUUUAGACAAUGUCCCUGGAAUGUCACCGGAGCGGUGUAAUAAGGAGCAAGUCCGGCUGGGGACAGUAUACUUCUUACAAGAAAGGGUUGGGUUUGCUGAAAUCACAUUCCCGGGUAUUUCCCGCAUUAGUUUCGGUUUUCGCAGCACACCAUUGACCUCCAUUUCGUAAGACACUUUUCCGAGUGAGCUGCUGGUGAAGAGGCCGCGGGUUACCUGCAAGUUUAACAGCCGUACAACUUUAAAAAGUUGCAUGUCAGGCAUAAAUCUUCGGUACAGUACUUAUAUUUGGAAUUGAAACUCGGUAUCGCCACCGCCGUCCUCGCCAUUCAGAUUGAAACAGAAAGCAAGGAAGUUGAAAGUCCAGGAAACAGAAGUCCCCAGUCCGCCGAAUCGAUACGAAUUUCGCAGGCUCUCGGGGGGACAGCGUGAGGCGCGUUGGUAAGCUCGGCUCCGCGGUCCCUCCACAGGUGAUUGCAGACUCUUGCAGUUUUCUCAAGUGGAUCGAAAUGGCAAAUCCGGUUGCCCGCUGCAGAUGAAGGGAAUACUGGAAAUGGAUUUAAACCUACAGAUAUAUUGUUACUUGGUGCUGUGUGCAAACGUUUACUCUGCACCCGAGUUCGUGACUUUGAAGUGCGAGGAGACGGUGACGGGAAUAUUGAACGAGGACACGAUAUUGCCAUGCAACCUGACAACGGCAAAGCCAAGUAAACUCAAAUACAUUGAAUUGAGAAAAGAUGAUGGACAUGAUACUAUAGUUUUUAAGUUUGAUGGAAGUCAUAAUUCCAGAAAAGCUCAGAAUCGAAUUAAAUUACUUUCUCCGGAUCUACAAAAUAUAUCGCUGGUACUUCAAAAAACACAACUUUCAGAUAGUGGGAAAUAUAAUUAUUAUUUGGAAACAAAUCUGGGAUAUAAGGACGUUAACAUCGUUUUAGUGGUUAAAGCUCCCUACAGUUUGCCAAAACUGGUCUUAGUUAACUUGUCAGAAACGACCAAGGUGGUCACUUGUGAAACAACUGGAUAUCCUUCCGCUCAGAUUCAUUGGACCGUCGAUGGGAAAAACCUCACACUCAGCUCAGAAACCAAAAGAAAAGAAACUGCUCAAGGACUGAUCUCUCUUACCAGCACACUUCCAAUUAUAAUGUCAGAAACUGACCAGGAGCAUAUCUACACCUGUGCUGUGUGGAAUGAGGCAGAGCGUAAAUAUGAAGCCAGGAACAGUAUCUCAAUUUCAAAUGUGAAUCAGCCAAUUUAUAAUCAACAAACUGAAGAAAAAAAGCGAAUAUCCCUCACAGUAGUAGGUGUCGUUGUUGGAGGUCUUGCAGCUGGAAUAUUCCUCCUGGGUCUUCUGAAAUUCUGGAGAAGGCGCCAUCCAGUUCGACAGUUCGUUGAAGAAGCAGGAAAUCAAAUGCUUAAAAAAUUUACUCAGGUUUGAAGACUGCCCCGCUAACUUCGAAGUUACAUCGAGGAAUCAUCAUUUGUGAUAUGAUGUCUGAUCUGUCUGAUGUUCUGUUGUGCAACUGUGAAACUUCAACAUCCUUCACAAAGAACUAUGACAUUCCUCUGUAAUAAUUUUUGCUUUCAAGUUGUGCUUUUAAUAAUCUCAGUUCUUGGGUAAAAUAAGAACACAGUUUUAACUCGGGCACUUUGUUGAACUCUUCACCAUUGCUUUUAUCUGAAGUUAAUGGCUUCACAUAUUGAUUAUUAGUGCUUUGAUAAAUCUCAUCAGUGAGAUCAGUCUUGAGUGUCAAGGAGCGACACUGUUUUACACCUGAAAUACUAAGUCUGUACAAAAUCACUAUAAGGCAAUGAAAAGAGCAAAAGCUCUUAAGCUUAGUUGCACUUUGAAAGUUUGCUUCCUGUUGAAUGAAUCCAUUAUGCCAUUCUUCCACUGAGCUGUACUUCUCAGGAACUAAAACAGUGAAAUGUGAUAUGUAGUCAGCUUCAGUCGAAAAUAGAAGCAGAAGGAGCAUUAUGUAAGUAGAAUACUACACAUAUUUGCCAUUUGUAAUGUAUGUAUGGAGAAGGAAAACUGCUUUUAAACCUCCGCUGUCUGGUGGCCAUACUUACUCAUGGGAAAGUCUUCGCGAGUAAACCCCGAGGAAGAAAUCCGGAGCCCGGGUCCCUUAGGCAGUUUGAUGAUGUUUGCAGCUUCACUCUGGCAACUCUGCGAUGACACUGGUGCCAAGUUGUAUCGGCACUUGCCCUUCCCUUGGGUUACAUCAGUGACAUGGAGAGGGGGAACCCACUGCAUGGGCAACAGCCGGUUCUUCAAAUCUUCCGGCCCAGGCUUGCACCCUGGAAAGGACACAACCCACCAGAGGUGCAAACCCAUGAUCUCCUGAGAUCAACGGUUGUCUAUUAUUAUAACAUAUCAAUUGUGCAAGUUAUAGUUUUUUGCACUUUGUCUUUUUAUUCAAAUGCAGUGAACCCAUGUGCAAUAUUAUAGAUUAUAAUUUGAUCAGUCGUCUUUUCUAUGUUUUUAAGGAUUAGAAUAUCUAAAUUUACUUUGAAAAUUUCUGCUUAUUUUAUAAGUAUUUCUACUUUAAUUUGUUUUAUGUACAUAGCCCAGUUACAAAGCUGAUUUGAUAUUUUUAGAUGUAUUUUAUACGAAUUAUUUUGUAAAAUUUACAUUGUUCUUCUUUUCUUCCUAAAAGUAUUUAGAUACAUUAACCAUUUCUAAUGUCUUACUAUCCUACACUAUCGCUUAUGUGAGCCAUGCCAAUGAAUGUGAGCUGGCUGUAACAAUGUAAGGUUUUAAAAUCGAACCGUAAUAUUUGGUGACAGCAACUUUAAAGUACAUCAGUCCUCUAGCGGAUCCUCAUAAAAAUACUAUUCAGUUCAAGUGAGUAAUUAAAACAAAAUGAAAAUUAAGUGUCAUUUGCUUUAUUUUUAUUGUCAGAAGAGUGAAAACCAUAGAACCAUAGAACAUUACCGCACAGAAACAGGCCUUUUGGCCCUUCUUGGCUGUGCCGAACCAUUUUUCUGCCUAGUCUCACUGACCUGCACCUGGGUAAUAUCCCUUCAAACCCCUCUCAUCCAUAUACCUGUCCAAGUUUUUCUUAAAUGUCAAAAGUGAGCCCGUAUUCACUACUUCAUCUGGCAGCUCAUUCCACACUCCCAUUACUCUCUGCGUGAAGAAACCCCCCCAAUGUUCCCUUUAAACUUUUCCCCCUUCACCCUUAACCCAUAGCCUCUGGAUUUUUUUUCUCCCCUGGCCUCAGUGGAAAAAGCCUGCUUGCAUUCACUCUAUCUAUACCCAUCAUAAUUUUACACACCUCUAUCAAAUCUCCCCUCAUUCUCCUAUGCUCCAGGGAAUAAAGUCCUAACCUAUUCAACUUUUCUCUGUAACUCUGUUUCUCAAGACCCGGCAACAUCCUUGUAAACCUUCUCUGCACUCUUUCAACCUUAUUAAUAUCUUCCUGUAAUUAGGUGACCAAAAGCUGUGGGAUUUUAAAAAAUUGUUUUGUAAAGUGAUUAGCAAUGUUACUGACCUAAUUUGGGAAAUAAAUUUAACCUUUGACUUC